UGCUUACAUAGGGGAAUGAUGCAAUGCAUAAGAUUGCUUGUUUUGUGUGUUUAUGUCAUGUUUUGUUUAAACCAGGACAGCUGUAAGCAUGCAAGGAUGAAACAUCAGUGUGUUCCAGUCUCUCAUGUGCCCUCAUUCUUUCUUUCUCUAACACUGUAAAUGCGGCUGUAAAGUUGCCUCCUCUAUUCUGAAUCACAAUCCAUCUGGAUUGUGGAGCUCUAAACAUCCGUGUACAACAACCAUCAACCGGGCUGUGGAAAACAGGAGGCUCUUGAAGGUGACUGUGAACAUGUUGUCACCCUCAAACUGGAACAUUUUUGGUUACGCAGACUUGGAGUGCAAUGCUUCAUAUGGACUAUGGGUUCCACAAAUUAAUCGAUGUCACGCUUGAAAAAAUAGUCCAUUAAUGGCACUGAAUGGGCCGACUGCUUAACUCAGGUUCUCCGGGAUACCAGCUAAGAUUUCAAAAGACAAAAGUACCAAACACUGGCUCAUGGAGCAGAAGGUGUCUCUGGGUAAUGCAGUUCUCAAUAACUCAAUGGAUUGCAAUGGUAGUGAAGACAGGAACAGGUCAGACCAUUUGUCCUCUGAGUAUGUCCAGAAGAACUGGGUGGCACUUUUGAUUUCUCUGGUCAUAAUCAUCACGGUGACAGGUAACAUCCUGGUCAUCAUGGCGGUGAGCUUGGAGAAGAAGUUACAGAAUGCCACUAAUUACUUCUUGAGGUCUUUAGCCAUUACAGACAUGCUUCUGGGUAUCCUUGUAAUGCCAGUAGCCAUGGUGACGAUCCUCUAUGGUUACACCUGGCCCCUUCAUUGGGCCCUAUGUCCGAUCUGGAUCUACCUGGAUGUUCUUUUCUCCACUGCCUCCAUCAUGCACCUAUGCGCCAUCUCUUUGGACCGAUAUAUUGCCAUCCGUAACCCCAUCCACCACAGCCGCUCGAACUCUCUAACAAGAGCUCGUGUCAAAAUUAUAGCAGCCUGGACAAUCUCUAUGGUUAUCUCCAUGCCUGUCCCAGUCCUCGGCCUGCACGAUCACACCAAAGUCUUCCAGAAAGAAAGCUGCCAACUGAUGGACAACAAUUUCAUUCUGAUUGGCUCCUUUGUGGCGUUCUUCAUCCCGCUCAUCAUCAUGAUCAUCACCUACAUUCUCACCAUCAGUGCUCUGCAAAGUGAAGCGACUUUGUGUCUGGACCGACUCAUAGUGCGCCCAAAUUUGUCAUCCAAUAUUGGAUUUGUCCCAGGAGGCUCAUUCUCUUCUGAGCCUCUCUUCUCACGUUCAUCUCUCUGCCGCAAUGGUGCUUCCAGAGGAUCUAGCCGUCACUCCAUGCAGUCCAUCAGCAACGAACAGAAGGCAUCUAAAGUGCUUGGCGUGGUCUUCCUUCUCUUUGUGAUCAUGUGGUGUCCAUUUUUUGUGACAAACGUAAUGGCGGUGGUGUGCGGUUCAGCGUGUGAUGAAGAUUUGCUGGGGGGACUGAUGAAUGUGUUUGUUUGGGUGGGUUAUCUGUCAUCGGCGGUCAACCCUUUCAUCUACACGCUCUUCAAUAAGACUUACCGUGCCGCUUUCGCCCGGUACAUGCGUUGCCACUACCGUGAGGUGAGGAGGCCUCUGCAGCUGAUACUGGUCAACACCAUCCCUCCGCUGGUGUGCAGCUCCUCUGGGAUUCACUUAAAGGUGGAGAACUCAUUAAAGAGGAGGGCAGAGGGCAGCCGGUCUGGGAGCUUCUCCAACACAGACAGGUCAAACUCUGGAAAAACACAAAACCAGCAGGAAAGGGAAGAGGAUGUGAGCCAUUUGUGAGACUCCAGAGGGUUUUUCAAUUAUGGUUCACAUCAACAGACCUUAGAGAUUGUCUCUUUGUAGAUGUAAAAGCUUGAACAUUUUAUUUUAAUACGUGUCCACCUGUGCAGCAAAGCACAGUCUGCAGAUGAUACUACCUAUGGCUCACAG